CUCCGGCCCCAAUGGCCCCCUGUUCCCGGGUCCCUGUGAGCACUCGGUGGCUUUGUUCCGGCCGUGGGUGUCGGUUAUUGAAGUUUGAUUGGGAAAUUUGUCUUAAUGCCAGAUGGUCAUCACCUCAGUGGAAUAUUUUGGAUGGGAAAAAAUCCAGUGUGGUGGAAAUGCCUGGGAUUUAUUGUGCUUCCUGGAUCCAAAGGUCUGCAUGCUCCAGGCCAGGAGCCUGACCAGGAGGGAGACACAAGAGGAAGAAUGGCUGCAGGAUCGCUGACAACCUGGUCACAGGACUCGGUGACCUUCGAGGAAGUGGCAGUGGACUUUUCACAGGAGGAGUGGGCACUGCUGGACCCUGCUCAGAAAAUCCUGUACAGAGACGUGAUGCUGGAGAACUUUAGGAACCUGGCCUCAGUGGGGUAUCAUCUCUGCAAACACAGUCUGAUCACUGAGGUGGAGCAGGAAGAGCUGAGGCCAGAGCAGAGAGGAAUUCUCCAAGGUGCAUAUAGAGACCGGGAUACUCAACUUAAAUCAAAAGACGCAAUUCUUACGCAGAAUGUUCCUGGGGAGAAAACUUCCAGUGGCAUAAAAAUGGCAGCAACUCACCCUGAUGAGAAACCAAUGGAAUUUAAUCACUGUGGAAAAUUCUUCAGAAAGAACUGUCACCUUAUUUGUCCAAGAUAUUGCAAGAGAGAGAAAUGCUACAAAUAUAAAGAAUAUGGGCAAGACUUUGGCCAUCCCUCAACUCUUAGGAGUCAUGUGAGUACUCACACUGGAGAGAAAAUUAUUGAAUUUAAUGGUUGUGGAAAAAUUUUCAAUCAAGAGUCAUCCCUUAGGAAACACUUAACUCUCACAGGAGAGAAAUCUUCUGAGUGUAAUCAACAUCUAAUGUCCUUCAACUUACACUCUUCCUUUUCAGUACAUGAACAAAUACCUACUGGAGAGAAACUCUGUGAAUGCAGUGACUAUGGAAAAAGAUCUUCCCUUAGUUUCCACAAAAAAAUGUGUAUUGUGGAGGAAAGCUCAAAAUGUAAUGAACAUGGGAAAGUUUUCACUGGCCCCUUGUCCCUUCAGAUAUGUGUGAGACCUCACACUGGAGAGAAACGUUAUGAAUGUAGCAAUUGUGGGAAAGCCUUUGUUUUUCAGUCUUCCCUUAAGAAACAUGUGAGAUCACACACUGGAGAGAAACCUUAUGAGUGUAAUCAUUGCGGAAAAUCCUUCAGCCAGAGCUCUCAUCUUAAUGUGCACAAAAGAACUCACACUGGAGAGAAACCCUACGACUGUAAGGAAUGUGGCAAGGCUUUCACUGUUCCUUCAUCCCUUCAGAAACAUAUGAGAACCCACACUGGAGAGAAACCCUAUGAAUGCAGUGACUGUGGGAAAGCCUUUAUUGAUCAGUCAUCCCUUAAAAAACAUACACGAUCUCACACUGGAGAGAAACCUUAUGAGUGUAAUCAAUGUGGAAAAUCCUUCAGCACAGGCUCUUAUCUUAUUGUGCACAAGAGAACUCACACUGGAGAGAAAACCUAUGAGUGUAAAGAAUGUGGGAAGGCCUUUAGGAAUUCCUCUUGCCUAAGGGUACAUAUGAGAACUCACACAGGAGAGAAGCCCUAUAAAUGUAUUCAGUGUGGAAAAGCAUUCAGCACCAGCACUAACCUUAUAAUGCACAAACGAAUACAUACUGGGCAGAAACUAUAUGAAUGAAAUGACUACAGGCUAGCCUUAAGGGGUCCUUCACAUCUCACUCAUUUUAGAACUCACUCUGGAGAGAAACCCUAUCGUGACCAAUUUAGAAAGCCUUCAGGCACAACUCUUAAGUCACGUUGUACUGGGACCAACCUUAUAAAUGUUAUGGUUCUGUGAUUGUAUUUAUCAGUGAGUGUUUAAUCUUUAAAGUGUGACAACUCAUUAACUGAUGAGUAUUAAAGAUUAUACAGCACUCUAAAUUCCCCUUGAUCUACAUCACAAAAGUUUUGAUAUAUAAUGUUUUUAUUGUAAUUAAGUACUAAAUAUUGUCCAUUUCUCAUCAAGAUGUCUUGGACCAAACUAUAGGUUAUUUAGAAAUACAUAUUUUAAUGUGCAGACUCUGUGCAAAUUUUAGUUAUCUUUUAGUUAUAGAUUUCUAAAUUAAUUGCAUUAUGCACAGAAUGCAUGGUCUUCGUGAUACAGAUCCUAUAAGACAUAGAUUCAAACAGAAAAUUAUUAGAGACUUGCUACAUGGCCUAAUGUGUGAGACACAAGAAGUUGCUGUCCCAGUAUCCAUUCCUCCCCUCCUUCUUUCAAGUAACAAAACUACAACUGUGUUCAAAUUAGCAGUGUGGACAGUUCGUAAGGAUUCAUCUCCCAGCUUUCCUUGCAGCUGUGAGUGCCCAUGAGCCCACAGUCCUGGCCAAUGAGAAAGGAGGCAGAGGUCACUGCUUGUGGGUUCUAAAGAAUUCCAUGGAGAUGGGAGCAUCGCAUCUGGCGUUUUCACUUUACCAUUUGCCCUUUGUCUUAUCUUUUCUUUUUUCCUAGAGAAUAGACCAAUAGGAUGACAGUCAUACACUACUGAUUAUAUAAUAAGGACAUAAAAUAUUAUUUAGCUAUGUAUAAGCAACUAUGGGUUGCUUACUUCUGGACUUCUUGUAACAUGAAAAAA